GUGUAUGUUAGAUAAGUAAUUUACGAUAUGGUUGUAAUAUUUGUGAGUUUGUUUUGAUGUUUUUAGCCAUAUGAAGGUGGUAGUGAGUAGUGAAUGAAUAAAAGGCUACAAAUUUAGAAAGGGAUCUUUAAAAAAAAUACAAGUUAAAAAAAGGAGUAAAAAUAGAAUUAGACAUAAAAAAAGAAGUAAAUGAAAGAAAAAUGAGAAGGCAAAGAAGAAACCGCAACCACAACAUCAAGUUCCAAGUUUCAAGUUCCAACCACAUAUAUCGUUGUUUGAUGUGUGGCCAAGUAGAAGAAAUGAAGAGUUCCAUUACACAGUGAAGAACAAUAAUGGAACUCUUACAGUUACACGCUUCCGAUUUCUCCACCACUCGUCAUUCUCUUUCCACAUCUUCUUCCACCACUCACCAACAUCCCCUUCUCCCCCUCUUCUUCCCCAACCGAACCACCCGUUUCGCCGCUCUCCGGUGUUCCUCUCCUAAGGCAUGUGCGGUCCAAGUUCCCGGCGGUGGAAAAAUGGUCAUAGAACUUGUCGGAGCUUUCAAUGAUUUGACGGAGAGGAUGAAAGUGCUGUCGAGUAGUUCCUCUGGUCUUCUAUUCAAAUCGUUGAAACUAUCUAUCCCUCUUCUUCAAACUUCCCCUCUUACUCCUGAUGGUCGUUCUCCUCUUUCUAAAGCCUUAUCCAUUGCCAUGCUUCUCGCUGAUCUUCAGAUGGAUGCAGAAGUUAUAUCUGCUGGAAUAUUGAGAGAGGUGUUGGAAGUAGGCGAGUUAAGUCUACAUGAAAUUCGAGGUCAGAUAGGUGCUGCUACUGCUCAUUUGGUGCACGAUAGUUUGCGCGUUAAGAAUUUUGCAUCUAGAGUAGAUAUUCUAGAUGAUGAUAAUGCUGCUGCAUUGAGAAAGUUCUGCCUCACUUACUAUGACAUAAGGGCUUUGAUUUUAGACUUGGCUUUAAAGCUUGACAUGAUGAGACAUCUUGCUCAUCUUCCAAGGUAUCAGCAGCAGAUCCUUUCUCUGCAAGUUAUGAAAAUAUAUGCUCCUCUUGCUCAUGCCGUGGGAAUUAACUACAUAUCACUUGAAUUGGAAGAUCUCUCUUUUCAGUAUUUGUUUCCUUAUUCAUAUCUUUAUGUCGAUACAUGGUUGAGGAGUCAGGAGACAGGUGGUAUAUCUCUUAUCGACGGUUACAAAGAUGAAUUGCUUCAGUCGUUAAAAGCUGAUUCCUUACUCACGGAAUUGGUGGAUGAUAUCUCGGUUAAAGGUCGCUAUAAAAGUCGUUACAGUACAAUGAAGAAGCUCUUGAAGGAUGGUCGGAGGCCAGAAGAUGUAAACGAUGUUCUUGGACUACGAGUUGUGUUGAAUCCUAAGGCUGGAGUUAAUAAUGCUUUGGAAGCUGGAGAGAGAGCAUGCUAUAGGGCUCAUAAGAUCAUCCAAUCUAUGUGGAAAGAAAUCCCCUCUAGAACUAAAGAUUAUAUUGGUAGGCCAAAAGCAAAUGGGUACAAAAGUUUGCAUAUGGCAGUGGAUGUAAGUGACAGUGGGAGGACUAGACCCUUGAUGGAAAUUCAGAUAAGAACAACGGAAAUGGAUAGGUUAGCUGUUGGUGGAACGGCGUCUCAUUCGUUAUAUAAGGCUGGUCUUACUGACCCUGAAGAGGCAAAGCGUUUGAAGACCAUCAUGCUGGCUGCAGCUGAACUGGCUGCUUUGCGGCUUAAAGAUUUUCCGAGUGCAAAUCAUAAAGGGAUUGAGUUUGAUCAGAGAGAUAGAAUAUUUCGCCUUCUUGACAAGAACGGAGAUGGUAAAAUAAGCAUUGAGGAACUUACAGAGGUGAUAGAGGAGCUUGGUGCACCAGGAGAAGACGCCAGAGACAUGAUGCUGCUCCUUGAUUCCAACAGUGAUGGCUCCCUCAGCUCUGAUGAAUUCCAAAAGUUUCAACAACAGGUUGAAAUGGUGCGAAAUUUAGAGGUCAGAGAUGAUGAGUACAAGAAAAUAUUGGAUGAGAAACUUCAUAUGGCAGAUGACAGUGGUUUAAUUCAUGUAUAUAAUCAGGAGUUCGGCAACAGGCUUGUGAGCUAGCGAUGCAUCUAAUUGAUACGAACAACAAACAAAACACUCAUUUUACUCUGAUACUACGUUUGUUGUGAAUUGUUUGCCUUCCAAAAAGAAAAUGGAAGGUCCUAAGAUACUCACUUAGAUAAUCUAUUAUGGAGAUGAUCCUCUACCUAUCCUCAAAGGAAAUGAAAAAUAGUCAUUUAGCUAGAACCAUUUGUAAAGGGAUGUAUUUUCCAUGUAAAUUAAUUGAUGACAUUGUGAAAUUCUGUCGAUCUAGUAAAUCUCGCAAAAUAUUGUCUCCGA